UCCAGUCACUUCCCCCAACAACCAAAAUACCGAAAAAUAAAAAAUGAGAAGAAAAGAUUAAUAAUAAGAAAAGGUGUCGUCAAAAGCGGCGGAAAAAAAUUGAAAGCGUUUUUCCCUAAUUUUGUUUUUUAAGGAUUUUGAGACGUGACUUAGGGUUUCAACUUUCAACUCGCCCCGCCAAAUCCACUCCCCAAACUCAAAGCCCUUCUCCAUCGUCAAUUCCACCUGCAUGAUUCGGAUCUCGAUCCGAUUUUCAUUUUCGAUUCGGCUCCGAUAAGCUCCGCCACCAUUGCCGCCGUCAAUGGCGUCGAAGCCUCCGCCUUCGCCCUCGCCCUCUUCUUCCAGAUCAGAGCCUCUCGUUGAUCUCUCCUCAAAUAAAGUGGAGGAUUCAAGUCCCGCUGGUAAAGAUGUGUUACUGGUUAUUGAUUCUUUGAAGAAACAAGUUGCUGCAGAACGGGUUGUUUCUGUAAAGAAAAGAAUAGAGGAAAACAGACAGAAGCUGGUUGGUGUCACUAACCAUGUCUGCACAAUGUCAAUGGAGAGAAGGAACUUCAGCAUUACUGAUACGAAUAGAAGUCUGGACCUACUUACAAAGAGGCAAAAAGAUGCAAUUGAUAUGCACAACGGUGUUCAUGCGAGUAAUGGUGAUGUGGAGAGCAAUGGCUAUCAUGACGAUAGCCAUGGUUCCACAGCAGUUCUUCUAGGGUCUAAUGUUGCUGUAAAGAAUGCUGUUCGUCCUAUCAAGUUACCUGAAGUAAAAAAAUUGCCUCCUUACACUACAUGGAUUUUUUUGGACAGAAAUCAAAGAAUGACCGAGGAUCAGUCAGUUGUAGGCCGGAGACGAAUUUAUUAUGAUCAGAAUGGUGGAGAAGCACUUAUUUGCAGUGACAGUGAAGAGGAAACUAUGGACGAUGAAGAGGAGAAAAGACAAUUUAUAGAAUCAGAAGAUUAUAUACUUCGCAUGACUGUCAAAGAGUUUGGUUUAACUGACAUUGUUCUGGAGUCGUUGGCUCAGUGUUUUUCUAGAAACACUAGUGAAAUUAAGGCAAAGUAUGAAACUCUCAGUAUUCAAGACAAUGCUGGUGGCUGUUCCAAGGCUGGGGAUUCUGAAGAGAAUUCUCAAAGUGGCAAUUCUUUUCUGGAAAAGGAUCUUGAAGCAGCUCUUGACUCUUUUGACAACCUCUUUUGUCGACGAUGCCUUGUUUUUGAUUGUAGAUUACAUGGAUGUUCACAAGAUCUUGUCUUCCCUGCUGAGAAGCAACCUACAUGGAACCCUCCUGAUACUGAAAAUGCAUCCUGUGGGCCAAAUUGUUUCCGAUCGGUACUUAAGUCGGAAAGAUUUGCCAAAACAUCCUCUGCCCAGGCUGAUGAACAGAAGUCCUCUGGUGGUGCUUUAUCUAGGAAAAAAUCUUCUGCUAAGAGGCGGAUAAAAUGUAGCCAAAGUGAAAGUGCUUCAUCUAAUGCAAAAAACAUAUCAGAGAGUAGUGACUCAGAGAAUGGUCCUGGACAAGAUGCUGUCUCAGCCUCACACUCAGCACCUCCUAAAACUAAACCUGUGGGGAAAGGUGGAAUUGGUAAAAGGAACAGUAAGCGAGUGGCAGAACGAGUCCUAGUAUGCAUGCAGAAGCGGCAGAAGAAAACAAUGGUUUCUGAUUCUGAUUCCAUUAGUGAAGCUCUUGACCGUUCAUCGAAUGAUAUGGUCACUGACCCACAUGCCAUGAGCAGUGAAGACAACACGAGGAAAGAAGAGUUUGUAGAUGACAAUGUUUGUAAACCAGAAAUCACUGAUAAUAAAUCUUGGAAAGCUCUUGAAAAGGGACUUUUAGAGAAAGGAAUGGAGAUUUUUGGUAGAAACAGUUGCUUAAUAGCUAGAAAUCUCUUAAAUGGCCUAAAGACGUGUUGGGAUGUUUUCCAAUACAUAAAUUGUGAAGAUGGAAAGAUGUCUGGUCCUCCUGGGGAUGUUGCAAAUUCCCUCAUGGACGGCUAUUCCAAGGGUAAUAAUGAAGUGAGACGAAGGUCUAGAUUCUUACGUAGAAGAGGAAGAGUCCGUCGAUUGAAGUACACCUGGAAAUCUGCUGCUUAUCAUUCAAUUAGGAAAAGGAUUACAGAGAGAAAGGAUCAACCCUGCCGACAGUAUAAUCCAUGUGGUUGCCAAACGGCUUGUGGAAAGCAGUGUCCUUGUCUUCAAAAUGGAACCUGCUGUGAGAAGUACUGUGGAUGCCCCAAGAGCUGCAAGAAUCGAUUUCGUGGCUGUCAUUGUGCUAAGAGUCAAUGCAGAAGCCGUCAAUGUCCAUGUUUUGCUGCAGAUAGGGAAUGUGAUCCAGAUGUUUGUAGGAAUUGUUGGGUCAGUUGUGGCGAUGGUACACUUGGGAUUCCUAGCCAAAGAGGGGACAAUUAUGAAUGUAGAAACAUGAAGCUUCUUCUCAAACAACAGCAAAGGGUUCUUCUUGGAAGGUCUGAUGUAUCCGGCUGGGGAGCCUUCUUAAAGAAUAGUGUUGGUAAGCAUGAAUACCUUGGAGAGUAUACUGGAGAGUUGAUUUCUCAUCGGGAAGCAGAUAAGCGAGGAAAGAUAUAUGACCGUGAAAAUUCAUCUUUUCUCUUUAAUUUGAAUGAUCAGUUUGUUCUUGAUGCUUACCGAAAGGGUGAUAAAUUGAAGUUUGCGAACCAUUCUCCUGACCCAAAUUGUUAUGCAAAGGUUAUUAUGGUUGCUGGAGAUCAUAGGGUAGGCAUUUUUGCCAAGGAACGGAUUUGUGCCGGGGAGGAGCUGUUCUAUGAUUAUCGUUAUGAGCCAGAUAGGGCUCCUGCGUGGGCUCGGAAGCCAGAGGCAUCUGGAUCAAAAAAAGAGGAUGGGGCUCCUUCAAGUGGUCGUGCAAAGAAGCUUGCUUAAUGGGUGUUUGUUCUUCAAAAAUCAAUUCUUUUAAGUUAUUCUUUAACACGUAGGGGAAGCAAUCUCAUUGGUAGCGGAAAGAAGUAUUGUUUUAAGUUUUUUGUUCGUAGCAAGGCCGUGCAAUUGUUGCUGCAUAGGUAACUAACUACAUUUAAACAAUUCAUUUUAAUAUUAAUCGACUGUAUAUUCACCAUUCCAAACGGAAAAUACAAGCUUAAUCAAAAUUCCAUGCAAUUCUUUCCCGGAGGGAAAUGGGCAAAUGCAAA